AUGAGUGGCGAUAAAGUGGAGCGAAAUUUCAUUUUUGCUCUUGCUACUAGCACCUUCGCUAUACUCGUUACCGUAAUAGCAGUUCCUCUCCUACAAGCAGAUCUAGAGAAUCUAAAGAUUGCCGUGCUCAGCGAUAUGGACGAGUUUCGAGCAUCGACUGACUCACUCUGGGAUGAUCUCCUUCAAAUUGAACACAGGAGCGUGAUCAUUAAAAGAGACAUCCCACUAGUUUACAGUUACAAACCGUUCGUUCAUAGAAAAACUAAGCCUGAACCACAGCGUGCUUACGGGCAGACGAUCAUUAAAAAACAUGGACGUGGAGUUUUCUCGGAUGCUGAACUAAUUGGAAAACCUGGUAAACGUAAGCUAAACAAAAAGCGCAACCACUUUGGACAAGGACAGUGCGGAUUACGACUGGAUCCAGAAUGUCCGCAAGGCCCACCAGGAUCACCUGGAGAAAAUGGCAGUGAUGGAGAGAAUGGUCUGGAUGGUGUUCCUGGAAUUAAUGGGAAAGGCGGCGAUAGUAGCGACUAUUUCGAUUGCGUUCAAUGUCCUGUUGGUAAUGCAGGUCCCACGGGACCACCCGGACCGCCAGGAUUGGAUGGACCAGAUGGACCACCAGGUGAACCUGGAGUCGAAGGUAUUGGCCCACGAGGACCUCAGGGUCCCAAGGGUGAAGUUGGUCUACAAGGAAUCAUAGGUUCACCAGGUGCUCCUGGUGAACCUGGAAAGUACACUACGAGAUGGAUUUGCCCACGAGGUGAAAAAGGUACAGCAGGUCCACCAGGUGCAGCUGGUCCAAGUGGCCCGAAAGGUUCGGAUGGUAAAGAUGGUGAGCCGGGAAAUGCUGGACCGAUUGGUCGACCAGGAUUACUUGGUGAUGAAGGAAAACGUGGUCGAAUAGGACGACCAGGAAGGAAAGGUGGAUUAGCUACCGCUGAACGCUAUUGCAAGUGUCCGACGAGAACGAAAUCCUAUCGUGGGCUAUUCACGAUUGGUCCAAAAACAGCAGGAGCCGAAGUCGAUCAAUAUCCGAAAGAUCUUGACUUUGAUCAAUAG